AUGGCAAUGCUGAAGACAUUUGUAUGUUUGGCUGCCACAGCCAUGCUGGUUCAGUUAGUCAUGACUGCAACUUACACUGUUGGAGGUGCUAAUGGAGGUUGGGAUUCAAGCACUGACCUACAAUCCUGGGUUGCAUCUCAAAAGUUUUCUGUCGGCGAUAAUCUGCUUUUCCAGUAUACUCCGAACCAUGAUGUGCUUGAAGUUACAAAGGCAGACUAUGACUCGUGCCAGGCAAGCAGCCCACUUCGAACUUAUAGCGAUGGCAACACCGUUGUGCCUCUUACUUCUCCUGGGAAACGGUACUUCAUCUGUGGAACACUUGGGCAUUGCAGCCAAGGGAUGCAAAUUGAGAUAAACACUUUAGCAACAUCUCCUUCAACUCCACCAUCGGCGUCUCCUGCUUCUAAAACUUCUCCCUCACCGGCAAAAGCUCCGGAAUUGGCUACUGGCAGUUCAUCUCAAUCACCUGAAAUAUCUCCUUCUGCCACACCAUCUGUGUCCCCGGUUCCUGAAACGUCUCCCUCGCCGGCGAAAACCCCAGAAUCAGCUCCUGUCAGUCCAUCUCCGGCUGAUGUUACUACAAUGGAAACACCUGAAACUGCUUCUUCUCCCAGCGGUCCACUUCCCUCACCGGCUAACAGGAAUAGAUUCCAGACAUGCCUCACAUUCGGAUUUGGCUUUCUGCUGGUGGUGCUUUUGUCCCUCUAAGCACCUUAGGUUUCCUUUCUUCGGUAGAACCUUCAAAUAAUAUUGUCUCUGUGAUUU